CAGAGUCUCUGCUGUUUCUACCUGCUUUGCUUUAACUGAUUGCCAGGUUUCUGGAACUACUAUCUGGGGCACCUUUCACCUUGAGAUCCAGGAGGAGAGGGCCACCUCUACCUGCCCAACCCUUGCUCCCAUUCCACUCCUGCGGGGGGCCACCGUCUCCAGCCAGUCCCAGCUGCCUGUGCCGGUCACUGGAUCCACCCUGUAGCCCUACAAACUUUAUGAUCCUGGGGCAGAGUCCAGGGCAACUGAAGGCUCCUCCACACACGCCUGCUGAACCCUGAGCGCCCUGAGCUGCCGGCAUGGGGCGGGCUGAGGCCGCCGCCAUGAUCCCAGGCCUGGCCCUUCUCUGGGCAGUGGGACUGGGGGACGCUGCCCCUAAUCUUCCACGCCUCCGGCUCUCCUUUCAAGAGUUACAGGCCCGGCAUGGUAUCCGAACCUUCAGGCUGGAGCGAACCUGCUGUUAUGAAGCCUUGCUGGUGGAUGAGGAGCGCGGACGCCUGUUUGUGGGUGCGGAGAAUCAUGUGGCUUCCCUCAGCCUGGAUAACAUCAGCAAGCGAGCCAAGAAGCUGGCCUGGCCGGCCCCUGUGGAAUGGCGAGAAGAGUGCAACUGGGCAGGGAAGGACAUUGGCACGGAGUGCAUGAACUUCGUGAAGCUUCUACAUGCCUAUAACCACACCCACUUGCUGGCCUGUGGCACGGGGGCCUUCCAUCCAACCUGUGCAUUUGUGGAGGUGGGCCACAGGCUCGAGGAGCCCGUGCUCCGACUGGACCUGAAGAAGCUUGAGGACGGCAAGGGAAAGAGUCCUUAUGACCCGAGGCACCGGGCUGCCUCCGUGCUGGUGGGAGAAGAACUGUAUUCAGGGGUGGCAGCAGACCUCAUGGGCCGAGACUUUACCAUCUUUCGCAGCCUGGGCCAGAAUCCGAGUCUCCGAACGGAACCCCACGACUCCCGCUGGCUCAACGAACCCAAGUUUGUCAAGGUCUUUUGGAUCCCAGAGAGUGAUAACCCUGACGACGAUAAAAUCUAUUUCUUCUUCCGCGAGUCUGCAGUGGAAGCAGCAGCAGCAAUGGGGCGCAUGACUGUGUCCCGUGUUGGCCAGAUCUGCAGGAAUGACCUGGGUGGCCAGCGCAGCUUGGUCAACAAAUGGACCACAUUUCUGAAGGCGCGGCUUGUAUGCUCAGUACCUGGAGUUGAGGGUGACACCCAUUUUGACCAACUUCAGGACGUAUUCCUCUUGUCCUCCCGGGACCGCCAGACACCGCUUCUCUAUGCUGUCUUCUCCACCUCCAGUGGCAUCUUCCAGGGCUCUGCUGUCUGUGUGUACAGCAUGAAUGACGUGCGCCGAGCCUUCUUGGGACCCUUUGCUCACAAGGAGGGGCCUACUCAUCAGUGGGUGUCAUACCAGGGUCGUGUCCCCUACCCACGACCUGGCAUGUGCCCCAGCAAGACCUUUGGCACCUUCAGUUCCACCAAGGACUUCCCAGAUGAUGUUAUCCAGUUUGCUCGGAACCACCCCCUCAUGUACAACUCAGUCCUGCCCAUGGGGGGGCGCCCUCUCUUCCUCCAAGUGGGAGCUGGGUACACCUUCACCCAAAUCGCUGCAGACCGUGUAGCAGCUGCUGAUGGACACUACGAUGUUCUCUUCAUUGGUACAGACGUGGGCACAGUGCUGAAAGUGAUCUCAGUCCCCCAGGGCAGCCGGCCUCACUCUGAGGGACUUCUCCUGGAAGAGCUGCAGGUGUUUGAGGACUCUGCCACCAUCACCAGCAUGCAAAUCUCCUCUAAAAGGCACCAGCUCUACAUAGGGUCACCGAGUGCGGUGGCCCAGAUUGCACUGCACCGCUGCACUGUCCUAGGCCGCGCCUGUGCAGAGUGCUGCCUGGCUCGUGACCCUUACUGUGCUUGGGAUGGAUCGGCCUGCACACGCUUCCAGACUACUGCCAAGAGGAGGUUCCGGAGGCAGGACAUAAGGAAUGGUGACCCCAGCACUCUGUGCUCUGGGGAGUCCUCUCACACUGCCCUGUUGGAGCGGAAGGUCUUAGGUGUGGAGAGUGGCAGCGCCUUUCUGGAGUGUGAGCCCCGCUCGCUGCAGGCGCAUGUGGAGUGGACUUUCCAUCGUGCGGGGGAGUCGGCUCACACCCAGGUGCUGGCUGAUGAACGAGCUGAGCGUACCGCGCGGGGGCUGCUGCUUCGUGGUCUAAGCCGCCAGGACUCUGGCGUGUAUCUGUGCGUCGCGGUUGAGCAUGGCUUUUCACAGCCACUGCGUCGCAUGGUGCUGCAUGUGCUGAGUGCGGUACAGGCCGAACGACUGGCACGGGCUGAGGAGGCAGCAGCCCCUGCACCACCAGGCCCCAAACUCUGGUACCGGGACUUUCUGCAACUGGUGGAGCCAAGUGGCAGCGGAGGGGCAAACUCCCUGCGAAUGUGCCACCCGCAGCCCGGACCCCACUCUGUGGCAACAGAAUCGCGUCGAAAGGGUCGUAACAGGCGGAUGCAUGCCUCUGAGCUGCGUGCUGAGCGUGGCCCGCGUAGUGCAGCACACUGGUGACUGGGCUGUCAUCACACCGGGGACCAGGCUGGAUAUGACACUCAGAAGAGGGGGCAGACAGACAUCAGGAAGACUUGAAAUGUGGCUGGGGCACACUGAGGUCCUUGGACCAACAGAGAGACACCUAACUCAUACAUAGUCCCUGGCCAAAGGGGAGCCGAGCCAGCUUAUUUAUUAACAAGAUAACCUGCGAAUGUAGCCUCACAAGAGUGGCCCAGGCUCAAUUCAGGAUCUAGCCUGGAGGGAGGGGACAGAGAAGUGGGGCUCCAGAGUAGACCAGGGCCAGAGAACUGUCUUGGGUGCCUGCCCUGGGGGAAGCAUUCUCCUGGGCAGUGAGCAGGAAGCUGUAGCAGAUUAGACCAUGGGUUGGAGUGAGGCAGGCCAACUGUACUAAAGUAAUGCAAUAAACACAUUAUCAGCUGA